UCGUCUGUAGCCAGUUAGUUGGUUCUGUGUGCUUGAAAGAGCCACUGUGAGCUCUUAGCACGUCGCAAAGUUAGAAGAGCGAAGUCUUCCUAGUACUUUGAUUGAUUUCCCCGACAUUUCUUGGGACAGGCAUCGCAGGUUUUUGUACUAGAAGAGGAUUCUUUGUUUGAAGGUACACUGACGUCUGUGCGAAGGAUAAUUGCGGUAUUCAAUGUAAAAAAUAUAAACAAGACUAGUUGACGUUUUCCUGAAGAUUACUCAUGGAUUGUAACACUUCUGAACAUGUUUUAUAUAAGACAGUACUUUUCAGAUAGAGUUAUCAGCCCGGGUUUUUAAAUCUCAUUCGGAGCAGGGAUGUAAUGAGGUUAGUGUAUUGUUUAUUAACGUCAGUUUACCCUUCAUCCGAGAUGUCGUGUGCGUGUGGUCUCUGCUCCUGUGAUUCUAUGUUAUUGAUCUGUGACUUGUGUGGGUGUUAUGGUGGUGCCAUCCCGUUGCAAUUCUGAGAGAGCGAUAUAGACAUUUGACACCGGCCGGAUUCGAACUUUGGGCACUGGAUGGGGUUUGGUUGGGGAGCUAUGCGAGUGUUUGGUUACCGGUGGCCAUUUUGGAACUUACCAAGCGUACCAGGUGUUUCGUCCACUCCAAACAUGCCAGGUGGAACCCCAGGAACCCCUUCUUCCAAGGUCAAAGAGAAAUCGAUGAUCAGGCCGAAAGUGGUUGUGGCUUUGUACCCUUUUAAAGCAGUUGAAGGAGGUGACCUUUCCCUUGAGAAGGGUGCAGAGUAUGAGGUACUAGAUGAUUCACAGGACCAUUGGUGGAAAGUGAAAGAUGAGCAAGGGUCCAUUGGUUACAUCCCAAGCAAUUAUGUAAAAGAAAAAGAGCUGCUAGGAUUGCAGAAGUAUGAGUGGUAUGUAGGUGAUAUGUCUCGCCAAAGAGCUGAAUCUUUACUGAAGCAGGAAGACAAGGAAGGUUGUUUUGUAGUCCGUAAUUCUUCUACGAAGGGUCUCUAUACACUCUCACUGUACACAAAAGUUCCUCAUCCACAUGUUAAGCAUUAUCACAUCAAACAAAAUUCCCGGGGUGAAUUUUUCCUUUCUGAGAAACACUGUUGUGGAUCUAUACCAGAUUUAGUCAAUUACCACAGACACAAUAGUGGAGGUUUGGCUUCACGACUCAAGACUAGCCCAUGUGAUCGGCCCGUACCCGCAACUGCAGGGCUUAGCCAUGACAAGUGGGAAAUAGAUCCCCAAGAACUUAUGUUACUGGAAGAGCUGGGCUCAGGUCAGUUUGGUGUAGUUCGACGAGGCAAGUGGCGUGGCUCCAUAGAUGUUGCAGUGAAGAUGAUGAAGGAGGGCACAAUGUCUGAAGAUGACUUCAUAGAGGAAGCCAAAGUUAUGACUAAACUUCAGCACCAGAACCUAGUCCAACUCUAUGGAGUUUGCAGUAAACACAGGCCUAUCUAUAUUGUGACUGAAUAUAUGCGCCAUGGUUCCUUACUGAACUACCUUCGUCGUCAUGAAGCUACACUAGGAGUAAAUGUCGGUAUGCUUCUCGACAUGUGUAUACAGAUUUGUAAAGGAAUGGCAUACUUGGAGAGGCACAAUUACAUUCAUCGAGAUUUGGCUGCUCGUAAUUGCUUGGUUGGCUCAGAAAAUGUUGUGAAAGUUGCUGAUUUUGGGCUUGCAAGGUAUGUGUUGGAUGACCAGUACACAAGUUCUGGAGGAACAAAAUUUCCUAUCAAGUGGGCUCCACCUGAAGUCCUAAACUAUACACGUUUCUCUUCCAAGUCUGAUGUUUGGGCAUAUGGUGUCCUGAUGUGGGAGGUGUUCACAUGUGGGAAGAUGCCAUAUGGAAGACUGAAGAAUGCUGAGGUUGUGGAGAGGGUUCAGAGAGGCAUUAUCCUUGAGAGGCCCAAAGCUUGUUUCAAGGAAGUUUAUGAGGUAAUGAGGAAAUGCUGGAGUCAUUCUCCUGAGGACCGCCCAUCAUUUCGUUCACUCAAGGAACAGCUCCUCAACGUAUCAGAGGGGUUACUGGCCGAUUGACUCUCCCUGCUUCACUCCACCCUGUCCUCAUCAGUGUCACCAAAAUCACCAAAUCCUUCUCCUCAUAAUCCCCCUCAUCCUCCAGGGCCUCCUGCCACAGCUUCACAAGAGGUAUGCAUUUUCUGUGCCUCCUAUAGCAGUGGACAUCCCUGGAUUGAGAUAUGCCGAGCCAUACAGGCAACAAGACGCAAGUGAGGGCAUCUAGAUCUUCGUGUAAGCUGUUGCUUCAAGUCUUCUAAGUCAACAUGGAUUCAUAUGUCAGCAGGACUGAGAUGUGCAAUGUUAAAUGUAUGUGUUCUUUGGAUAUUCCAUGGUAACAGCAAUCUAUAAUCUUUGUCCCUUGUUCUCAUUUUAUAUUGAGCAGUUGUCAGAAUUAUUUUAAGAUGGAACAUUAAUUUUAUAAUGUCACAAAUUCUGGUUGCAAGAAGAAGUUUAUUGUAUGUAAGCAAUGUUAAACUUUCCAGAUUGAACAUUCCUAUGUAGAAUCUCCUGCAGCAGUAUCAUUCACAAAACAUAUCUCUAUAAUCUUUGUGGUGCGUAAUGUUACUUCUUCAGACCUAUGAUGGAUCUCGGUUAGCUUAAGAGUGUUCAUAUAUUUUUGUGGCCAAGAUCUUGGGAUGGUUUUUAACCCCUUGAAGCCAGAAAACUAUGUUUAUCCUUUUGACUUCCGAGCCCCGGUGUAGAACCACUGCCAGAAAUGCCAAGGCUGCUUGGGGGUAAAUGCAAUUUUGCAGAAACACCUGUAAUACUUCCCUCAAGUGACCUUCAAACAGCUGCAGAUAGAGACCAUCUGAAAAACCCCCUUAUUUUCUGUAGACAUGGUUAUCUGAUGCUUGAUACUAUCUGUUGACAGAAAUGCUGUACUAAUCCAUUAACAGCAAGCUGAUCUCUGACUGUGACCUGCUUUAUCUCAUGAUCAGUUUGGAUGUGGUGUACUAAGGGUUAAAAUGGAUGCCAUGAUUCUCAGAGCUUAUAAGUCGCUGAUGCAAGGGUAUUUGAAUUCUCAUUAUUUUAAAGUAAAAAUGUAUAUUUUUCAGAGUUUCUGAAAGCACCCAGGCUUUGAUUAGUACUGUUAUCUAUGUAAAUUAUUCUUAGCUAUAUCAUUGGUUUCAGUUUGAAAUCAGAGAUCUGUUUGACUUAGGCUGGGGCCACACGAGCGCACAAAGUACAUACAUUGCUGAGGACACCACACAGUUGCAGAGUGUGGUGCAUAGUUUUUUGUUUGCUAUGGAGCCUGAAGAAAGCGUAGCAUUCGCCUCUCUUGUUUAUUUCUACGUCGGACGUCAUGACAUUCGUUACAAUGGACGCAUUUUGUGUGCUCGUGUGGCCCCAGCCUUAAUGUUAUGUGCCACAGCACUUUGCCACUUAAAUCUCUACUUUAUUUUAGGCUCAAAGGGAUUAAUAGUUCGAGAGCAGAUGUAGAAUGGGACCCUUAACGUCUCACAACCCUAUGGGCCUUUACAGCCUGUUACAGGGAUA